CCUAUGAAUAGUUAUAGUUAUGACCCAGUGAGGCUUGUUCAAUGAAGCGCCGCGAACAAAAAGCAAGCGAAACUCCAAGUGCAGCUUAUUUGACUGCUCACCUCAACCCGCAUCCGCCGGAGUCAAUGGAUUCACACCCAACCACAAGCGAACGGCGCUCAGUUUUGGCAUUGGAGUGGUGCGCUGGCUGGGAUGUCGGCUCGGGGUGUGGACACAUUUGACCAAAUGUCUGGGCUGUGACCCGACUGUUGGAACCGUGCAGCCCGCGACUGCCUCAUGCUCCGCCUUCACUUGUCGCUGGCGGCGGCUCGGAGCGCCGCUGGGAAUGACUCGAUCCCUGCUGGCACAGCCGAGAAUUUGCCCAGGACACCGGAUGAUCUGCCGCCCGCCCGGGUCAGCCCGGAUUCUGACCGUCUGAGUACAAACGGUGGCAGCCAACCCAAGUUACAGCGAGGGUCUCAGAGCGCCGAACGAGCGGGGAAGUGGUCGGAGUGUUUGCGAAACGGCGGAGAGGGCUUAAUCCCCGGGGCAAAGAGUGAAGCGGGCGGCAUGGUGAAGAAGGAGCAAAGCCCGGCCACCUCUCGCCGCAACUGCGCCGUCGCUGCGGAAACUCAGGCUGACGAGAGCGACCAUUCGGGUUACGACACGGCCGCUGGUUACUCGGAUGUUUACGAGAGCUUCGGCGAGUGUGCGGAAUCGCCGCCCAGUAACGACAAUGCCGGUGAUUUGCGCCCGAGCCUGCGAGCGCAAGUGGGGCGUGAGGAGCCGGCGUUGAGCUCGGAGCGAGUAGGGAGCUCCACCUCCAGCGUGUUGUUGUGGGAUCGCUCGCCGUGCGGAGGGGACGAAGCGCAUUAUAUCACCACCCACGAGAUCCAACUCUUCGAAUUGGAUAACGAUGGCGAAAGCGAAUUGGACGCCGGCUGGGAAGCCGAGGAGAGCAGCGCCUGUUAUUCCUGCAGGGAUAGCAGCUCUUUGGAGAGCGAUGCAUCCGAGGGAAAUUCCCGGACUCCUCUGGGCAUAAGUUACGCCGGAGAUCCGCCGCAGGCUGUCUGCACUACCAUCAAUCCGCUGGAGAACUUAGCUGAGAACGGAAAUUCUGGCGGCCAGCUUCAAUUGUCCAUUCGGGCCGUGAGCGAAGGAAGCGGCGCCCAAGAAGCGCGAAACCCGCCCACCGCCAAUUCCCAGGGGUCGGGGAACCAGGAAGAUUUGACCAAACUCCAGUCGGCGGGAGACGUUUGCAAGGAUGCGAAUUCUCGCCGCAAUAUCCCCCCCAGCGCUGUGGCUAAAUGCAAUUGGAAAGCUUUCGGAAAUUCCAGCGGAACUUCCAGCGCUGUCAGCGAGUUGGACGACGCUGAUAAGGAAGUGCGCUCUUUGACCGCUCGCACUUUCCGCAGCCUGGCUUGCGCCGGUGAUGAAUAUUUGGACACUUUCAGCGUUGGUUGCAGGACCUCAACCGACCUGUCGGCGGAUGAGACUGUUGCGCUGAACCGCUGCGCCACUUACAUCGACCUCAAGUGCCGCAAUACCACGGGCGGGAGAGGACAGGUCGGAUUUCCAACCAAAAGUGGAAAAUCUGGCGCUGGGCAAGGCGCGGAAUCCACACAAAAGAGGCAAGAACUCCCGGUGGAUAAGCAAACGGCCAAAAGGCAACUCCAUCUGUCUGGGAAAUUUGAACAGAGUGGAUCCAGAGUUAUAACUUUAACUGAGACCUUAAACUUCAGAUACGAUAUCAGGGAACAGAUCUCGGCCAGGCGAGAGGGCGAAAGGCGAGCGCAGUUGGCCCGAGGUGCGGUCGGAUCGCGUUGCGCCGAUGAGGUUACGGAGCCAAGGGAGGAGGGAGGGGAAAACAGCAGAGAGAUCGGCAGGACGGCUGAGGCCAUGGAUGGCGUGCAGAAGAAAUCCAAAUUCGCCUCCAAUCUUUUGCAAAAUGUCAUCUGGAAGAAAAUGCAGUUCGAGCAGGAGUUGAAGAUGGAGCGUGGGGAGAUCAGCGACACCACCUUCGCUGCCGCCCCCACCAGCCCACCCGCCGCCGCCACCGACUCGCCCAAGGGGCGUGAUGUACUGGAACCGAAUUGCAACAGGCUUUCCGGCGGAAGCCCGGAAACUUGCCCCCUCCCCGGGGAAGCCGUGCCCUGCCAGACCCUCCCGGUGAGCAGCAGCGCCCGGUCGGCAGCAUCGGGAGAGCCGCCCUGCGACGGGUGCAAGGGCACCUUGCCCCGCAGUCAGCGCAGUGCCUUCCGCUCCUGGAAGGACAACGAGCCUCCGCAAACGGGCAGCAAACGGGCGCAGCGGGUCCGGGCCGAGAUCGGCGGGCACCCGCUUUGCAAAGAGACCAAGAUGUCUCAGCUCUUCGUGCCCGGCAUCCAGAAGGCGCCUGGAAAGAAGAAGAACGCCCAGGAGGAGAAGGAAGAAGGAGACAGGGCGUCUUCCAAGCCGAGCGACCGGACGGCAACUACACAGGGUAACCGGGCAGCUUCUAAACCAGGAGUCCCGGCGACGUCCAGCUCUCCUGAGAUACAAAUCCGGCUGCAGGGCGGCCUGCCCAGCCCGUUCAGCAUCGCGAAGCUGUUGACUCCUGAUAUAAUAGGCGGCGGCGGCCCGGGUAGAGAAGCGGCGGGCGAUGCCGGUGCCAGGUCCUGGACUGGAGCGGGCGAGGAAGCGGGCGGUCGGGCCCGGGCUCCCCCCUUCGCCGUGCGCGAUGUCCGCGACAAUCUGCAGCGGCUGCAGGCGCCCAUCCACCAGGUGAGGGACGUGAGGAAACUGGUCAAGAGCUCUUACCAUGUGCUGACGACGGUGGGGCCGGGCGGCGGCGGCAAGGGUGCAGGAGGAGGCUCGGUGCAGCCCAUCGUCAUCAAGUGCCAGGCGGUGAGUCGCAAGGAGGCGAGGCCGGGGCCUGGGUCGGAGGAGGAGCGGGCCUCGGGCUUGGCGCAGCGGGCGUCGGGCCGCUCCCCGGCCAGAGUGCCGGGCAACGAGGCCGAGCAGCGGGGCAACCGAUUGGCGUUGGAGAAGCUGACGGCGGCGGUCAAGACGAUGGAGCAGCUCUACGUCUUCGACAACCACGAGUGGCGGAGGAGAAGCGACGCCAGCGCGGCGGCGACGACGACGGCAACGACAACGACGACGGCAGCGGCGGCCCUGUCUGGUCCGGGUUUGGGCCUCGGGCCGCUGGCGGGCAGCCGGCUGCUAUCACUGAUCGCCAGCGAGGAGGCCUCCGGCGGCAGCGCCAGGGUUCCGGGCGGCGGCGACGGGCGGCAGCUGCAGGAAGAGGGGGAGGAGCGAGCGGUUCCCGCCAGGGAGGGCGCACGCGCCGGGGUCGGCGCCCGACUCCCGCCUCCCGGGCCCGCGCACGUUCACGCGCCGACGCUGCUGCCGCCACCACCCGCCUCCCGCCGCGCGGUCCCCGGGCCCGCGCACAAACCGCCAGCGGGGGCGAGCGCGGGCGGAGCGGCCCCCCCGCUCUUCGCCGUCGCCCCGCAACCCUCGGCCACCGCCAUCAGGACGACGCCCGCCGCUGGAGGUGGACGAAGAUCUCCUCAGCAGCCGCCUCCACCACCGCCCGAUCUCCGCCCGUUCCGCAUCCAGACGGCGGAGCGCAACGAGAAGCAGGCGGCGGCGGCAGGGUGGCAACAGAAGUCUCCGCCCGUCCCCGCUCCUCCGCCAUCCGAGCAUGAGAAUUACCUGACCAUCCCGGUGAAGAAGCUCCCCCCCGCCGCCCCCCGGGACCCGACGCCACCCGUCGUCUACCAGCACCAGCAGGCUCAGCUCAUCCGCCUGACUCCACCCGCCCCGGAUCCCUUCAGCCCGGGCAAGGUGCAGCCGGUGCCACCUGUGAUGGUGGACAGCCCCUCGAUGCCUUUUUUCCCGGUGCCCCAGACCCAGCGGAGGAUGUUACUGGACCCCGCCACCGGUCAAUAUUAUCUGGUGGACACGCCCGUUCAGCCCGCCCGAAGACGGCUCUACGACCCCGAGACCGGACAGUAUGUUGACGUCCCGAUGCCUCAGCAACCGGUGGCCCCCAUGCCGGUGCCAAUGUCGCCAAUUUCUUUCAACCCUGGCACAUACGGUCACACCUACAUGAUCUACCCGGGAUUCAUGCCGCCACCGACCAUGCUACCAACACUGCCGCCCGCUCCGGACCCGGAAUACAGCGACUCGGGCAAAGGCAGCAUCAUUGCCAGACAACAUCCCGAGCCGCAGUACCUGGAGAGUUCCUAUUACUUCCCAACCGGGACCGUCGGCCAGACCACGCCAAGCAGGGUGGACAAGGGGCUGUCGGAGGGGAAGCCCAUCGUCAGCAUCACAUCCCAACAGGGACCUCGAAUAAUCGCCCCUCCAUCCUUUGACGGAACCACCAUGAGCUUUGUGGUCGAGCACAGAUGAGAACAUUUUCUCACGCCACAUGAGGAGAUAUGGAAGAAGAAAGUUGUAAGAAGACUGCUUUACAAAACAAGAAAACUAUUUAAACCUUCCUUAAGAUUUUCCUACUCUAAAAUGUAGUUAUGUGUGUUUACUAUAAUUGCAUUACUGUUCAGAAUAAAAUCAAGCACCAUGCUUUUUGGAAGUA